CCUGUAUGGAGUAUAUACAGUACGGACUAUGAUGAUGUUGGUCCGCCUUCAGAGGGAAAUGCUUGAAACGUCUCGCAUCAUCAGUCGCAGUAGACGCUGUGUACCUCACCUGUCGAUCUGCCAGAUCCCAUUCCGCAUCAUGUCUUCAAGUCAUUCACAAGCCUGUUCCCUCCUCUCUGACGGAUUGCGACAAACUCGACUCUUCUCUCAGUUCACUCUCUUACACUUCAGAUCGAUAUAAUCAGCUUCACACUUCAUAUAAUUAUUGUAUUAUAUCCUUCGAAGAGAUAAUAUUCACAAUGUCGCAGCCAAUUGAAGGUCGCAAGGUGCUCUUGUUAGGAAGUGGUUUCGUUACGAAGCCGACUGUUGAACUCCUAAGCAAUGCGGGUAUAGAGGUUACUGUUGCGUGCCGCACGCUUGAGAGUGCCAAGAAGCUUAGCCAGGGCAUCAAGAACACAAAGGCUAUUUCUCUCGACGUCAAUGACAGCGCUGCUCUCGAUGCGGAGCUGUCCAAAGUCGACCUUGUCGUGUCCCUGAUCCCUUACACGCACCAUGCAACUGUCAUCAAGGGCGCGAUUCGCACCAAGAAGAAUGUCGUCACUACGUCUUACGUGUCGCCUGCUAUGAUGGAGCUGGAGAAAGAGGUCAAAGAGGCCGGUAUCACGGUUAUGAAUGAAAUUGGUCUUGACCCUGGCAUUGAUCAUCUUUACGCUGUGAAGACCAUUUCUGAGGUUCAUGAUGCCGGCGGAAAGAUAACCUCCUUCCUCUCUUACUGCGGUGGACUUCCCGCGCCUGAAUGCUCCAAUAACCCCCUCGGCUACAAGUUCUCCUGGUCUAGCCGAGGUGUCCUUCUCGCUCUUCGAAAUGAUGCAAAGUAUUACAAAGACGGCAAAGUGCAAUCUGUCUCUGGGCCAGAGCUCAUGGGAACCGCCCAGCCAUACUUCAUCUACCCAGGCUUCGCCUUCGUCGCCUACCCGAACAGAGAUUCAACAGCGUACAAGGAACGCUAUAAUAUCCCGGAAGCCCAGACCGUCAUCCGCGGCACGUUUAGAUACCAGGGCUUCCCCGAGAUGAUCCGCACACUCGUCGAUAUGGACUUCCUCAGCGCCGAAGCGAAGGAUUUCCUCGACUCCCCCAUUCCCUGGAAAGAAGCCACCCAGAAAAUUCUGGGCGCCACCUCCUCCAGCGAAAAGGAUCUCGAGUGGGCCAUCUCGUCGCGCACCAAGUUCCCCACCACUGAAGAGAAAUAUCGUAUCCUCUCUGGCCUCCGCUGGGUCGGGAUCUUCUCUGACGAGAACAUUAUCCCCCGUGGCAACCCCCUGGAUACGCUGUGCGCAACCCUAGAGUCCAAGAUGCAGUACGAGGAUGGUGAGCGUGAUAUGGUUAUGCUCCAGCAUAGGUUUGAGAUCGAGCACGCGGAUGGAUCUAAGGAGACAAGGACUAGCACUCUGUGCGACUAUGGUGACCCCAAUGGUUAUUCGUCCAUGGCAAAAUUGGUUGGCAUCCCGUGCGGUGUCGCUGUCAAGCAGGUCCUUGAUGGCACCAUUAGUGCGAAGGGCAUUUUGGCACCGAUGAGCAUGGACAUCUGCGCUCCUCUGAUUAAGACUCUUAAGGAGGAACACGGCAUUGAGAUGAUUGAAAAGACUGUUUGAAACAAUUCAAUGCUAGUUGAAAGGGGUAUUGCAUUGGAUGCGUUUUUCUUUUACACCAUCAGGUCAGGGAAGGCAAUUAAAAUCUUUAUAGAGGGUUGGGGGGGGGUGGGGGGGGGUGCACCAUAGUACUUUACAAAAUACCAGCCAAUUGAUUUCCCUGCCCACCUUAUUUUGGUGCAGUGUUUUCACUUUCCGCUCACCAUAUGCGAUACUAAAUUUCAUGGCAUAUUAAGAAUCCCGCUAAUAGCUUGAUCAUAAUAUAUGCCAUGGAAAGGUAUUAGUUUCUGAAUUUCGUUCAUCAAGAUCUGCCCUUGACAAUGAUCAAACCUUCUGCAGUGCCUUCAUGCAUGUAUCCAUUUCGGCAGGCAAGGGUGUGGAUACUUCUGGAUGCAUAAGGCACUGGGAUAUUUUAUGCCUAUUUAUUCACCCGGGAGCGUGGAAAAGUAAUCGGAUACUUCUUGAAUGCCUUGGCUAUUUUCAGGUAAGUGAAUGGGUGCAGCACCAUGUUGGCGUAGAGUAAGGUCUUAAUAUCCAUCCAUACCUUGUGCGUAUUUGAAAGAGACGAUAACCUCCCCGAAACGUUCGCCAUUAUCGUGUGCAUGCCCAGGAUCGAUUUAUGAAUUCAACAUCGAAACCAAGGCUAUUCAACUCCAUAAAUACACACCAUAUCCGCUGAAGAACGAGCUUACGACAGAUCGUAGGAAUCUCCCGUCUUCUUCAUCACUGUACCCAGUCAUACCCUCGCAUCCCAUUUCCCCCACAGCUAUUUGGGCGUCCCCUAAACAAUAUUCAUCGAUCCAAACUCUCCCGCGCACCGAACCAAUAUACCACACCAAAUGAACUAUGAACCGAUGCGCGUCUUCGAGAAAGAAGGCAUGUGGUUAGAAGAGCAUGUCUAGCAUGACAAAAUUAGGUCUCAACAUGAGCACGAUGGAUCCGAUUACACUACUGGUGGUCUUUUGUGCAUGAGAUGAAAAGGGUGGAGAGCGAGACCGCGAUGCUGAUCAGGAGGGGGAGAGGGGAGGUGAUUUUGAUUUUCUGUUUCAUAGUUCAAAAAUUGUAGUGCAAUCCCAUCCUAAGACUAAAGGAGACGGGAUGCUUGUAUGUACAUAAUUAGGUUCCCCAAUGAAUAGGACAUUUUCACGAUUAAUCUCCGCUGUCUGGGGAUAUUCCCAAUAGCUUUCUCUGGGUAGUUUAUC